AACUGUAGAGCAGGUCGGUGAGCGGGCAAGAAAAGACCGAGAAGAAUGUUGUCCGAUCGUUCCUCAGACGGGACUGAGUCCAUCUACAGAGUUGAGCUCAGCUCGUCUUCUCAGUGUCCGCCGCAAGCCUUCUGCCAGCCCUGAGAAAAAGGUGUGAGCUGCCGGUCUCCUUGCAUGCAAGCAGGCACUCGUGUCGCUCCAUCCAGAGAGCAGCGCCCGACACGUUGCUUGCACUCGUGUCGCUCCAACCAGAGAGCAGCGCCCCACACGUCCGAGCGCUCACGACCUCGCUAUCCUCCAACUAAACUCCCAGGUGGCGCCGUCUCCUCCCGCCCCGCACCGCCCUAUCUCCUCCAUUUAACCUCACCAUCGCCAUUGGCAGCAGCUCAUCCGAGUGUCGUCAGAUGCUGAGGCAAGUGGGGAUCGAAAGGCUUUCGCGCGGGUGGUGGUUGCGACGAGUGAGAAGGAUGUCGACGGAGCAGGAGAGGCGGGAGCUCGACGAGAGGGCGAGGCGGGGCGAGACUGUCGUCCCUGGUGGGACGGGAGGGAAGAGCUUCGAGGCCCAGGAACACCUCGCCGAAGGACGGAGCCGUGGAGGGCAGACGAGGAGGGAGCAGCUAGGAACGCAAGGGUAUCAGGAUCUGGGGCACAAGGGAGGGCAGACGAGGAAGGAGCAGAUCGGGGUUCAGGGGUACCAGGAGAUGGGGCGCAAGGGCGGGCUGUCCACCACGGAGGAGUCGGGAGGAGAGCGGGCGCGGAGGGAAGGGAUCGAGAUCGACGAGUCCAAGUUCAGGAUGCACUAAGCCUUGCGCUCGUGGAUAGCGUUUGUAGGUAGUGUUGCUUCGGUCGAUGUAGCAAGUACGGUUUGUAGUUUGUGUGAUGCAUGCAUCUCGUGGCCUUUUGCCUCAGCCAUGAGCUUCGACUCCAAAACCAUGUAAUAACACUAACGAGUUGUGGAGCUUAACAUGCAUGACGCAGUGGUCCGUGCCUCAAAUAUGUUCCGUCCGAUAAAUCAACGGACGGCCAUCUAAUAAUCCAAAAAAUAGUCAAGAGGAGAGGAGUCGUAACACUGCAUAAGA